GUCCUCGGUGGAUACCUGCUAAGUGGGUGCGGCCAUGGCUACAGCAACCUCGCUCGCCCUUGAACCCGGCGCCUGGAGAACAAGGUCCCACGCUUGGAGGGGAAGCAUCAGAGGAGAACAUCAGCUGGAAUAAGCUGCUCUCUCCAGUUUGAGGUUUUUCUGGUUAAAGAAAGAGUAAAAUGGCCUUGAUGUUGCUCAGUCGACAGCUGACUUGUUCUCUGCAACAGAACUCCAGGCUAUUUGCAUGUGGGCAUAGAUUGAUCAGUCAAACUGCAGCUAAAAUUGAUGUGGACUUUGAUUAUGAUGGACCGUUAAUGAAGACAGAAGUUCCUGGGCCUAGGUCCAGAGAGUUAAUGAAACAGCUAAAUGGAAUUCAGAAUGCAGAAGCUGUGCAUUUUUUUUGCAAUUAUCAAGAGAGCCGAGGGAACUACCUUGUAGACGUAGAUGGCAACCGCAUGCUGGAUCUCUACUCUCAGAUUUCAUCCAUCCCAAUAGGUUACAGCCAUCCAUCUCUGAUAAAACUUCUCCAGCAGCCACAGAACUUGAGUACAUUUAUUAACAGACCUGCUGUUGGGAUUUUACCUCCAGGGAAUUUUGCUGAAAAAUUAAAGGAAUCUUUGCUUUCGGUGGCUCCGAAGAGCCUGCAACAGGUUAUCACCAUGUCCUGUGGAUCCUGCUCUAAUGAAAAUGCCUUUAAAGCAAUAUUCAUGUGGUACAGGAACAAAGAAAGGGGUAAUAAUAAUGUCACAAAAGAAGAACUGGAGACGUGCAUGAUUAACCAGUCUCCAGGCUGCCCUGACUAUAGUAUUCUGUCCUUCAUGGGUGGAUUCCAUGGAAGAACCCUGGGUUGCUUAGCUACAACUCACUCUAAAGCAAUUCACAAAUUAGACAUUCCAUCAUUUGACUGGCCAAUUGCUCCAUUCCCAAGACUAAAAUACCCCCUGGAAGAGUUUGUGAAAGAGAAUCAACAGGAAGAAGCCCGCUGUUUAGAAGAGGUGGAAGAUCUGAUUGUAAAGUACAGGAAAAAGAAGAAGAUUGUUGCUGGAAUAAUCAUUGAACCAAUUCAGUCAGAGGGGGGAGACAAUCAUGCUUCAGAUGACUUCUUCAGAAAGCUACGGGACAUUACCAGAAAGCAUGGCUGUGCAUUUCUGGUGGACGAGGUGCAAACAGGAGGCGGCUGCACUGGGAAGUUUUGGGCCCAUGAACACUGGCGCCUAGAUGACCCAGCUGAUGUGGUAACAUUUAGUAAGAAGAUGAUGACAGGAGGAUUUUUUCACAAGGAAGAGUUCAGGCCCAAUGGUCCAUAUCGGAUUUUUAACACCUGGCUUGGAGAUCCUGCCAAGAACCUCAUGCUUGUUGAAGUCCUUAACGUUAUUAAGAGGGAAGACCUUCUAAACAAUGCAACCCAUGCAGGGAAAGCUCUACUGGCCGGGCUGCUGGACUUGCAGACUCGUUACCCCCAUCUCAUCAGCAGAGUGAGAGGGCGAGGGACAUUCUGUUCGUUUGACACUCCAAAUGAUGAAACUAGGAACAAGCUAAUUGCAACAGCCAGAAACAAAGGUGUUGUCCUGGGAGGCUGUGGUGACAAAUCGAUCCGUUUCCGCCCAACUCUGAUCUUCAAGGAUCACCACGCGCACCUCUUUCUGAACAUCUUCAGUGACAUCUUAGCAGACUUCAAGUAAACACACAUUUUCUUGUACUGAACAGUCCAGUCCUCUAUGAUUAUGAAAUUAAUUUACUGAAUUGAUAUAUAUAUAUAUAUAUAUAUAUAUAUAUAUAUUCAUUCAUUCACUCGCUCACUUACAGGACAAAGUGUGAAUUCAUAAAAUGAAGCUGUUGGUUUUUUUCCCAUGCUUACCAGCAAGUCAAGCUGCUUUAAACUGAAACUCUGGAUGCUCAUGGAGCUUUGGAGUUUCACAGACCCCUAGCAAGUGCAUCUAAAUGCCUGUGCUCUGAGUAGUGUGUUUGCAGGGGAUAUUGCACUUGUUGAGUGCUAGAUUGCACUCCGUUUUCAGCCUUGGGUCAGAGCAGGAAACAAGGAAUAACUCUACAGACAUGCACUGCCUUGCAUAUUUGAUUAUUUAAACAUAACACAAUAAUAUCUAUAUUUUCAUAGGUAAAUGCUGUAGCUUUCCUUUCUCCGCUUUGUGUCCAGAGGGAGCAGCAGGUCUUGUGAGUGUGGGGUAGAAGCUUAGGAGAUGUCUGCCAGGCAGAAAGUGCCACUGUCUGACAGUGACUGGGAGGAGAGAACAAAGGUUUCAAAGCAGGUUCUGCUUUCCAGCACUGCCAAGUACAAUAUUUCAGAGAAUUACUUCCAGCUGUGGCCCCAUAAAUACAAACACACCAUCUGCCAUACCAGACUGGACCAAGGGACCAUCAGAACUGCCUAUACCUAGUUCUUUAGAGGCAUUGAUGCACCUGGCCAGUUGAGUAGUACGUGGAAGUGAGUGGGGGGGGAAUAAUUCCUUUCUGGCCCUUGAUUAGUUAUUCCUAAUGUAUAAAGUCAGACUUUGUGCACACAAAACUGUACCCAAAAGUUUCUGAAUUGCUGAAGCUUAGGAAAUAAAAUGAAGCAUGUACUGCAGCCUUAUUUUAGCAAUCUAAAAUGCGUUGGGCUGCAGGAUUAUUUAACCUGCUUGCCCAUAAUAUGCAGCCAUUGAUUUAGCAAAAGUUCUAAGAUAAAUCAAUGACUGCAUAUUCAAGGUAUUUUGCAAAACCACAGAUGCAUUGUUUUGUACGGAGCCAUUUCUUGACAUCAGAUCUGUUGUGAUGGAGUCCUUACCAAGUGCACAGCUCUAAUGCAAAAUAAUUCUAUUGUUUUAGUAGAUUUCUUCUUUCAUGCUUUAGGGGUCCUUUAGAAAAUCACAGGAUCUAUAAAUGUCAGUGGUCUGUUAAUCUGUUCACUAUCAGACAGUUGUUUUGGGGUAUCGCCUUUCGUCUGUCCAAUAGAAAGAAUAUUUUCAUGAAGCUGAUUUGCUAAGCUAGUGCUGUUAUGUAUUUCCUUUCUCUUCACUAGGGAACCCGUUUGAAUUUUGACUGAAUAAUGACUGAACGUCAUUUAGGGUGAAAAAUAUUUUGAACUGACUUGUGAAUUUUUCAUGUCCUGAGCCAAUAAAUAAGUAUUAAAAAUUAAAUUCAGUGGAAGCACUUAAAUAUUUAGGUUGAGACCUGCUCAGCAGCAUAGGAGAUUUAGACAUAAGUUCUGAUAAUUUCAAUUAAAGAUAUGUCUAAGUCUUCUGGUCUGUUUUGAAAACCAUAAUAUUUCUGCCUAAGAAGCAACUUCGAUAAUUACUGCCAACUAGCAACCAAGGAAAUUCACUUCUGCUAAUUUAAAAAUAAGGAGAUCCUUGUAAGCCUGUCUGUGCUACACACUGGAACUCUGGAACUCAUUGGUCAGAAUUUUCAUAGUGUAGACAGGGCUUUUGACUGUAAAUUUUCUGAUGAUUAUCUGUAAAAGUUCAUAGCUAGGGAAAUAGCCAGCAAAAGUCAGGAUAAAACUUGGAAUUAUAUGUAGAUUACAAAAGACUAGAUGAAGGGUUGGUGAAUAACUGUAAAGUGAAACCUCAUUGUCAUCACAGUCCAAGCAGAAAGUUAAACUAAAAAAUUACUCAUUUGACAACAUUUUGGGAAUUAGUUCAUUCAACACAUCUGUCCGUAGAUUUUAAUAAAUGUCUCUAGCAAAUCUUGUACUUUUACAGAUUCAAAGAUCCAGUAAUGAAGUCUUAUCACAUCCUCACUUUUAUUAUAAAUACUCUUGGUGUUUUUUAUAACUCUUACUGACACUCAGUAAUUGUAUAAAAUUGUGCACAAUGUAUGUUGAUCAGAUUAUGUUAGAAAAUAUACAUAGAGAGCACUGCAGCCUAAGCAUAAUAAAGUAAUAAUGUUUACAGCAUAUUGUGGACCGUGCCAAAUGUUUAAACAAAAAUACCUAACUGCACUUCAUGAUGUAACUGGUAGCAAUGUACACGAAUCCAUGAAAUAAGUUUCCGGUGUAAUCAGUAUUAUUAAAUAAAAUAUUUAUAAUUGAACUCC